UACAACAUUUACGCUCAAAAAGAAGAAGUGUGUAAACAACAUCAUAAAUUUAUCACCGGUUAAUGAAAUUUUAUUAAAUUAACGGAAGCUACAUAAACAUAAAACAUAAAACAUAUUCAAAUUACAACAACUAACAUAAUAUGGAGACCGAGCUGCCCUCAACGAGCGCAAGUGCUUUAGCAGCUUGUAAUGCGGCUGCAUGCAACAACGCUGAAGCACUUGAUUUCGCAGAGCUCACACCAGAGCUGCUGCAACGAAAAUUAUAUUUUCUGGUGGAUCAAUUGAAGCAAAUGCAUGCACAGCUGCCAGAAAACUAUCAAAUACGUAUUUCAUAUGAGCUGCUUACCGAGCUAGCCAACUCGCUGCUAAACGACACAAUCUUUGAGAUUGUCAAAGGUCUGAUGGAAAUACAAAAUGUUACAGAGAAGCAUUUGUUAACGCUACGCAAUCAAGUUGAGACCGAUUUCGAGUUAGAAAUGCAAGAGUGGCGUAUUAAAAUUACCGAUCCGGAGGAAUUAAGUCACAUUGAACAGCUUAUGCAGGUGAAACAUAGCAAAAAACUACGUGAGACAGAUAUGAAAUUGAUUGCGUUGUUGGAUCAGAAGGUGAGAGAUCAGCAGAGCACACUGCAUAAAGCUGGUGUGGCCGGAUUCUAUGUCACCGAUAAUACGAAGGAAAUUAAAAUACAAAUGUUUCUACUGGAUUUCAUUAUUCGCUUGAGCAGGAUUAAAUUUGAACCGCAUAAAUAACAGGAGGAGUAAAACGUGAUUUUUCACGUUUCUUCAGCAAAAUAGUGAAUUAAUAUUUAUUUUAUUUUUAUUUUAUUAUUAAAAGUGUUAACAAGUGAACUUUUUUGAAUUACUACUCAUUUAUAAAAAUAGAAAAUCGGUUGAUGUGUAAUGAAUUGAUAUAAUGACGACUAAAAAUUACUAUUCAUUCUAUUUCACUUUUCAUACCCGAAAAAUUAAAUGAGUAAUAAUUUGAGCUAAAUCCAUCUGAAAUUUAAAAUAAUAAAAAUUCAUUGAAAAUAUUAUUGUAGUAUUUAACAAUUUAUAUUCUUUAGUAAUUUCAUAGCUGCAAUUUAUGGCUUAUUUACAUACAUAUUUCGCUUUAUAUAUAACCUUGAAGUAACAUUAAAAAUAUUAAAAAUAUAUCUCUCUAUAAUCGAAUCAGAUUACACUUUAUUGUGGUUUGUGUUAUUGACAUCUCUGCCAUAAAGUUCAUAUAAAUAAACAAAGCAUUAAUUUGACUUGCAGCAAAUGCAAUAAGGUGAAAGUGAAAUCUCAAGCAAUAAACACCAGAUAAUGCAAAUACUCAAUAUGAAGAAAUAUGUAU